UGCUGCGCGUGCAUGCAUGUUUUUUCUUGGCUAGGUUACAAGAACAUCAUCUGAUGUCACAAGGAUACAUGCGGCCGCUCUCUCGACAACCGGGGUUGGCAUGUGUGGGCAAUCAAGACUUUACUCCAGUGAAAUAAGACUAGCCACAGUCUGAAACCACGUGACGGCCUGACAGAAGUGUAAUCCCUGACCACAUCUUCGUCAUGGUGACUGCGAUGGACGACGGUUGGUCAUCUCGGACACUGGCUGCAGUGCUGACUGUGGUGUGUCUGGCUACAGUGGACGCUGCCUGUCCCCACACGGACCUCCGUCUGAAGAGAUGGAGCGAGGCCAGCACGUGGGGAGGAACCAAGCCAACGCGAGGUCAACAGGUCAACCUGACUCCGGACAUGCACGUGCUACUGGACGAGUCCACUCCGUCUCUGGGGUCCAUCACGGUGGAGUCUGGGGCCAGUCUAGUGUGGGACGACAAGGCAGACAUCACUCUCACCGUCAGCUACGUCCUGGUUAAGGGAGAGUUCCACGUCGGCAGCGACGAUUGCAGAUUCACCAAGAAAGGCAACAUCGUCCUUACAGGUACAGUAUAUUACCCCGCCAAGUACACUGUAGUAGCAGAUUCACCAAGAAAGCCAACAUCGUCCUCACAGCAUAAUAAUAAUAGGGGCGUUCUGGAGCUUCACGGCAGAGAGAAGACGUCAUGGACGAAGCUGGCGACCUCCAUCCCUGCUGCAGAUCAGACGUGUGGAGUUGUCUACAAUCACGAGAAUACCGACUAUGGCAAGGAGACUGGGAUGGGACUCCACGUAGUGGUGUGGAACCUGGACGGGAGCCUCUAUGACUUCGGCGCCUUCUACACGGGAGAGGCUAGGAGAUCUGACGCUGAAAGAUUGUUUUUGAAGUUCCUUAGUAUUAUCCCCACUGGUAGAGUCGUGGCCAUCAGUGUGAUGAGGAGGCUGGGCGUUGAAGCAAGACAUGACUGGAACUGGGAGGCGAUGUAUUCUGCCGUUGAGACUCUCGGUGGAUUGAAACGGUCACGGAUCAGAGAUGUGAAGGAUGGAGAGGCUUAUGCCUUCAUCACUAUGACGGGAAGCCCUCACGUCACAAUGGAACAUCACGCAGCCGUACAAGAAAACACGAAGUACACAAUCACCGACGACGUUCACGUCACUCUCUGGGGAAAGAAACUCAAGUUCUUUGUUGAAAGUGCUGUCAGGAAAGUGAGAGACUGGAGCCUCCCUCAUGACGUCAACUUCCGGGUCAUGUCAACUGAUGUCGCCUACCCAAAGAUUGACGUCAUCAAUGACGUAUCUACAUGGCAACCAGGUGAUCGUGUUGUGUUCACGUCCACGGACUUUAACUGGAAACAGGCGGAAGAACUUGAAGUGUUUCCGUGUGACGACUGCGCCAGCAACCAGUUCCGGGUCAAAGGAGAAUUCAAGUUCCCCCACUACGGCAAGGUGUAUGACGGAGUGGACAUGAGAGGUGAAGUGGCGCUGCUAUCACGUGACUUCGUCAUCGAAGGUCAGAUGGAGACCGAAUGUUACGUCACAGAAACAUACAUGGAAAAAGAGAAAUGGUUGUGCGCACGGUUUGACUUCGACCACUUCGGUGGACACUUAAAAGUGACCAAGGGUUUCAAGUCGGUUCACAUCCAAGGUAUUGAGUUCUACCACAUGGGACAACAGGAGUUCUCAGGCUCCUACCCCAUACACUUCCACAUGUGCGACGACGUCAACGGCACCUGGGUCCGCAGCAACUCCGUCCACCACAGCCUGGCCAGAUGUGUGACCAUCCACGGCACAGACCGACUCGAGGUGAGCGACAACGCCUGCUACGACCAUCUUGGCCACGGCUACUUCCUGGAAGACAGUGUGGAGCAGUACAAUAUUCUGGACGGGAACAUCGGAAUCGGAACGAAACACGGCACUCACAUAUUGACUGAUAUGAAAAACGGCUGGUGCAACAAAACCCUGGCCUGGAACUGCAAUUCUCUGUCCACGUUCUGGAUCACCCAUUUCAACAACUACAUCAGAAACAACGUAGCCGCCGGCUCCGACAACGCUGGUUUCUGGUUCAACUACGCCGACCGCCCACUCGGACCAUCAGCUGCCCGUCAAGCAGAGAAAUUGGCCAACAACCAGCCAGCUGUCACAAAGUUUCAGACUAGACACACCCCAAUCCUGGAGUUUGACAACAACGUGGCUCACUCUAAUCGUGAGAGAGGUCUGAUGUUUGACAACAGAAUCUCAAACGGCCAUAAGGGCCGUAAGACGUUCGUCCCGGAGAAUGCCAGGUUUGGAAGCAACAAUUACGACCCAAGAGUACCCAACACCCCAAAAGGAAAACCCGUGACCACCACCAUCAAGAGACUUACCGUUUACAAGAACCGUAGGGAGAAUAUCUGGCUGAGGGCUGCCAACACCAUUCUGGUCAACUCCAGUAUUGCCGACUCCCAGCGCGGACUCCUCAUGCCGCUGUCGAAGGGCAACCGCGUCAAUGAAGUCAAGAACUCGGUGUUUAUUGGCAUGUCGGACAACUUGGGUGUCGGCAAUACGUACAGUGUGUGGAGGUUUAAAGGGCCAGUGAAACCACUUCACAAGUUCAGCAGAUCAUAUCCGGACAGGAAACCAACAGAUCCUGUGCAAGGCUUCGUCUUCUACAACGGCCCGACCUUCGUCACCAACUGCUACUUCAACGACUUCUAUCACUGGCGCUGGAACACUACAUGGGAUAAAGUCUUCAAAAUCCCUGGGUAUCGAACUGGUGGCGCCCUUGGUUUCAAGAGAACCAAUAUGCCAGUCUUCAAUCCCAGAAGCACAGUGUCCGGUCUUAAGUUUGGAUUCUGUGAUAAGUCUGAAGGAAACAGAGUAUUCGACGGCAACAACACCACCCCAGGAUUUGAGAGGGACGGCGAGGGGAAACAGCAAGCAUCGUUUUACGACGCUGACGGUAGCGUGACGGGCAUGUCCAACUCCCAGGUCGUCAAGAACAACCCGUUUCUUACCACACGCAAGUGUUCUUUGAGGGAGAACUGGAAUAUGACCGUAUGCCCUUACAAAUAUGUGAAGAUUAACAUUUUUACCGAUAUUUGGAGACGGAGCAAGGAGCCUGUAACCUUCAUCCGAGAUGACGCCCAUGAACACCCAUUCGCAAUGAACAGAAAUCAGGGCAGAGGAUAUCAUUUCAUGAUUCACAAGACCUACACCGUCCAUUUCAACAAGACAGUGCCUAAGCAGUUCAAGAUGGUGGCGUUAAACAUGGAGAAAGGAGACGUUAUUCGUGUCGGCGUAUGCAUGCCUAAAGACAUGACGACAUUUGAGCUGUCCAGCAGAUACCCUUUCUACAACAAAUGGAGGCCACCGCGAGAAGUCGCCACUAUACAGGAACUGGAUGCUGAUACUUCCGGUACGGCGUACUUCUGGGACAAACAAGUUGGCAUGGUCUUCAUCAAGCUGAUGUCAAAUGAGACUCGAACUGAGAGGCAGAUGCUGUGCCCCAAUGGAAAAUGUCCACACUUCAACCUCGUGAGAAGAGAUGGAGGCAGUAUUGCAGACUGUCGGCAAUCGGCGUAUGGACCUUACGUCAGACAACCAGAGGACGCAAUAGAGACCACAGCGCCCCCUUGUGUCAAGGCAUCAUCACAGGGCUUAGGCGCCGGUGAGACUCGACGUACGACUGUUCCGCUGACCAGUGACAGAGGGGAUGACCAUUGUCCACCGCCUGCUGAACCAGCAUCAGAACCACUCUCCAGUCAGUCCCGAGGAUGCGCUGUUGACAACUGGCGGAGGGACAUGAAUGGCAUGACAAUGCAGCUCCACCAAUCCAUGACCAGGGGGUUCUGUGUCAAGAGAUGUGGUCAGAAUGGCUACAGAUAUGCUGGCGUUCAGUACAGCUUUGAGUGUCGGUGUAGUAACAGUUUCGGCCUCUACGGGUCUGGUGAGGGUUGUACCAGGGAGUGCAGCGCGAAGAAUGGGCUCUCCUGUGGGGGCGGCUGGAGGAAUGAGGUGUUUGCCACCGGUGCAGUUGCUGCCAGUGCAUGGCCAAGCUGUGGUCCGAGAUCUCGCGGUAUUGUCUCUGGUGGAAAGUGCUAUUAUGUUGGCGACGAUCGACUCAACUUCAUUUAUGCUCAACGCGCAUGCGUCAAGAUGGGCGGUAACCUGGCAACUUUGUCCUCAGCAGCUCAACAUACUGAAAUCAAGGCAUACCUUGGGCAGAGUAAGUUUCACAUUUGGAUCGGCUUGACGGAUAUUGCUAAAGAAGGAGCCUUCAUCUUCAUGGACGGCACACCGGCUACAUAUCUCAACGACCUCAAACCCGACGAUAAAAGAAUCUACGACGACUUUGUCGUUAUGGACGUGGGUAUAGGCUACAAGUGGCGUGGUCGUCGAUGGCAACACGAAAACCGUUAUCUAUGUCAGCUGCCAGUGACCCAAGCAAGCACUCCUUUUGUACGCUGCGGACCUAACGGUGACGGACACAAACUGGACAGCAACGGUAGGUGCUACAUCAUCCUCAACACCAGAACUGACCACGACACAGCAGAGUACCAGUGUUUAACUCGCCAGGGAGUGCUUCCCACCGUCGCAGAUGACGCCACACAGCGAGAGAUCAGGAACCAGCUGCUGGCAUUCGGCGCCGACAUGGACUACUGGACGAACGAGGUUGUGGUCGACAGUGAUGACGCCGACGUGGGUGUUGACACUUAUUACGAACUGACCCUCACCUCCUUGUUCAACAAGAAGUCUGCCAGUGCCACUGUGAGGAACGGCGUCCUUUGCCUCCUAGAAUCUACAACUGUCAGCAGUUGCCCACAACCCUGGAAGGAACACGGUGGGUCCUGCUACCUGUACACGGGCAAGACGGCGCCCCACUACGACACCGUGGCUGCUCUGUGUAACCAGGGCGACAGUAACAUGGUGACAGUCCACAGCAAGGCUGAGAACGACUUCGUCUACAACAUGGUGAAGGACUUCAACAACGGAAAUGGGACGGAUGUCCUCAUUGGCUACCGGUACCGCAGUGUGUUCGACAAGUUCACCUGGCUGGACGGAUCUGACCCCGUCUACGAGAACUGGAGUGACGGACAUGGCAUGUCUGGACUGACCGGUGGCUACUGCACGAAGAUAUCCUAUUCUGGAAGCAAGAUCACUUGGAAGAACACCCCAUGUGUGGAUGAAAACUACGCGGUCGUAUGCAAGAUAACGCGUUCAACUACAGCUUGACAGUAAACGUGUGUAUUCUUGGCAGUAAACGUGUGUAUUCUUGGCAGUAAACGUGUGUAUUCUUGGCA